CGGCGCGACUUUACGUCGAAACUGGCUCUUCCACCUGCUCAUUCCGUACACCACUAUAUGGAGUGCAAGGCGGUGGGCAUCUGAAGGGAAGUCAUUCUCCAUCAGAUGCCAGAGGGUACGGCCGCCGGUGCUUCGGUGGCGAUGCGCUGCCGAAAGUCAGCUGCCGAGGGUGUGUCCAAGCGUACAAGCUUUACGCCAUUGUCAUGUCUCCAGUGUUCGCGCAACCACUCGGCUGCACUGAUGCAUGUGGAACAGGGUCUCAUCUUUCGGACAUCGUUCGCAAGAUGAGAGGGUUCAGGCAUCGCUUACCAUUGCUCUGCGGUUCCUUCCCCUCCCGAUGGCUGAUGCAUCGUAACGAUGCGUGCAUUUCGACCCCCCGACAAGACGCUCAACCCUACCUUGACAAUCUGAUCGCACUUCUGUGCGCGAUCAUGCUGCUUGCAGAGCAAUCCUGUAACGCAUAUACUGUGUACCAUUUGAAGAGAUUUGCAGCCUCCAAAGAGCGCUGCCUGCUUGACAACACCAACACAGAUCAGAAUAAUCGCACGCGUUACUCUGCGGACCAACUCCCAUGUAGGCACACUGUAGCAGACAACUCGGGUUCAAUCUCCAGAAUGUACGAUCGCGCAAAGCUCCACAGAACACGUUGCAUCUCCAAACAUCGAUCGAUAUUGUUCCGGAAGUAGCAAUGCUCGAGGUGAGCAUGGCUUGUGCGGAGCAAACGUGACAUUUACGCCAUGCUUCGGUGCCUAUCCCAAUCCAGGAGCAUACAUAACAGUGGCUGGGGAUUUAUAGAUCGAGG